AUAUAAAAGUUCUGAUAUUAAAUCAGUAUCUCAUUUAAUUAACUUCUGUUACAGUCACUAGAUGAUUUGAUUGUAAUUUUUUUAUACUUACUCAAUAGUAUAAAAAAUAGGAGAGUUUCAAAAGGCUGAUCUUUUUUAUAGAGAAUUGCUUUAUAAUAGUUGUUAAUAGUUUAUUUUAAUAAAAUGACUGACAAAAUAAUUAAUGAAAAUAAUAAGGAUAACAAAGACUUUGGACAUACUCGUCUUCAGUGGAUUGUGGUGAUGAUCGUUUCUAUGAUGAUGCUCAAUUAUGGGAUGGAGACCGGCUGGUUGUCGCCAAUGACGAAAAUUCUGACGUCAGAUUUGUCACCAACCGGAUCAGCUUUAUCAAGUAGCGAGUUUACAUGGGUUAGCAGUAUUACGGCUCUUACAGCAGUUUGCGUAGUGUCUUUGUAUGCGUACAUAACAGAUGCAUUCGGAAGGAAAGCUGGCGUAUUGGCAGUAGGGAUACCACAAUUGCUAAGUUGGGCAAUGAAGCUAUUCGCUACAAACACUACAUUGUUGAUUAUCUCAAGAGCAGUAGCUGGAUUUGCAUCAGCUGGUUGUUUUAUCGCCUUACCCAUAUACGUGCGAGAAAUAAGCCAAGACAGCAUCCGAGGCGCAGCGGUCGCCCUGCUUAUGUUAAUGCAAAACUUGGGCUGUUUCUUCAUGUACUUAAUUGGCGGUUAUUUGGAUUACUACACUAUUCUGGGGAUAUCGCUCAGCGUGUCACUUAUAUCCACGGUGCUUAUGGUUUUUGCUCCUGAAUCGCCUGCUCACUUGGUGAAGAAAGAGAAAUUUGAAGAGGCUGCAAAGACUUUAGCUCUACUAAGAGGUGUGCAGUCAGACCACAAGAGUAUACAACUUGAAAUGAAUGAAAUGAAAAAUGAUGAAGAAUAUUACAAAUCAUUGCCUCACCUCACUUUUGUUAAUAUUUUUAAGAACAAAGCAUGGCGCAGAGGGCUUCUUCGCAUAAUACUAGUCAAUACUGCGCAAUCAGGCAGUGGUAUUUUUGCCAUCUUAACAUAUGUUUGGGUAAUUUUAUCCUCUACUGGCGCUUCUGGCGACCCGGAUCUACAGUCGCUGGUAGUGCCAGUUCUGUUACUUUUCGGGUCUCUGGUAUCGAUGGUAUGGGUGCAAAAAUUUGGAAGAAAGGUCAUUCUCGUAUCGAUGCACACUUUGAUAGCAGCAGCAAUGACAUGUUUGGGCACGUAUCUGGUGCUGCAGCAUAAUGGUUUCAGCCCACCCGACUGGAUACCGUUGUUCGCAAUUGCAGCUUCUGUAUGGGCCUACGCGGCUGGUGUUUUACCAUUAUUCUAUGUAAUCGUGUCGGAGAUGUUCCACUUUCAGGUUCGUUCCAAGCUGAUGGGGUGUAUAGUUUCCUAUUCAUGGUUUGUAUCAUCGAUCCAACUACUAGCUUUCAUUCCCGUUAGUGAAAUGUUCGGGAUUUAUACAAUGUUCUUCAUUUAUGGAUUUAUAAACAUCGUUGGCGCUAUUGCUGCAUUGGUACUUCUGCCUGAAACCAAAGGGAAAACGAUUGAAGAGAUUGAGAAAAUAUUGAGCGGCUAAAAAGUAUUUUGUAUUUAUUUUGUGUAAUAAUUUUAUAUCUGCUUAUGUAAAGCAUUAAAUUUAAUUAUUAACGUUUCUGUAAAUAUUCAGAGCGUUAGACGGUUUGACAAAUGACGUAUUACAUGAGCUGAGAAGAAAAUGGCUACAAAGCAAAGUGGCUUACAUUAUCUAUUUAAAUAAGAUUUUAUAACUAUAAUUCUUGUAAAUAAAAAUAACGAAAAUCAAUUAUAAUCUUUAUUUACACAUUUCUGCUGAAACUCUCUAGUACAUAUGUUUUUGAAUCAAGAGAAAUUGAAGAGAUUUGUCAAUUGAAUAAAAAAGAUUAAUAAAGAACUUGUCGUUUUAUUACUUAAUUAUAUUCUGCUCUUGUAUUAGCAUUUCUAACGUGGAAACGAUCUACUAAAAUAGUUCAUUAAUUAUCAUGAAAUUCCAAUGUUCUUUACAAUGUAAGUGACUUUAAUAGUAAUAUUGGUCAAAUAUCAUAAUUAGAACAAAUUUUUAUCCUAAUCGAAAGUUUAAAUAUUUGUAAAUAUACUAUUUAUUUCUGCUGUUUCGUCAGUCCUGUUUGGGUCUGGGUAGCUCAGUGGUUAAAGCAGUCACCUGAAUUGCAAAAGUUCGUGGGUUUGACUCCCAUCUAAGAGUACCCUUGGGAUUUUUUAAACAUUUUUCAUUAAAGAUACUUUCCAGUAUACCAUUGUGAAUGCAAAAUUGAUAAAAUACAUACAUCUUUGAACAGUAAUAAAAAUCUGAUAUGGUGUUCAAAAUAAGAAUUUAAAAACCGUCUUUACGUCAGAACUAAAAGUUCAAGUUUCAAUAUCGUAAUCGAAAUAAGUUUUAAUAAUAAGAUUUUCUUGUAUAUGUUAUAUUUAUUUUGUAUAUAUAAAUCAAAUGAACCCGAUGGAGUUACUUCGUUAGCCCAUGACUACCUUAUGGCACCAUCGGUAGAUUAGCACCAUUCCAUAUUAACGUUGCAUUGUUAACUAAAUUGUGUAUAACAUUAACACACACACAACACACAACACCUCAAUCGGAAAGUGGGAAGGUCCACACUAACAAACUUACACGGCAAGUGAAAUAAAACUUAAGAGCCCUUUUACAAAUUUGCAACGUGUGAGACUAGGCAUUUGAAGCUUCUCGACCACGUGUCAAGAGUGCAUAAUACCAUAAUAUUAUAGAAUAGU